AUGGCUGCCUCAACAAGCAAGCAAGAAGCACGCGUAAGGUAAGAAAUAUUCGUUUAAAUCUCUACUGUAUUCACACUUCCUGGUAUUUUUAAAUAGAGAAAACAACAAGCAUUAUUCGAAAUUAAUAUUUAUUCAUUUAAAGUUAGGAAAUAUAUAAAAUUACUCGAAAAAUAGACCACAAAAUAUAUGUGUUGCUCACAAGCAACAUUGGGUGCAAAGUGCAACAUGGAUAUGACCACAUGUGAUAUAUGUUUUUAUGUUAUUAUUUCAUUUUUAGCGAUAUUUACUUAUAAGUAUUCUGUAAGAUAUUGCAAAACACACAAAUCUAGAAGAACAAAAUGUUAGGAAACCAUUGUCAUAACAUAUUUUGUUUAUAUUUUGAUUUUUUGUGACAUUUCUUACCAAAAUAUAUAUUUUAUUCCUACAGGCAAAGGAUUUUGUUGAACUUGAUGACAUUUUGGAUACAGUAACAGGGUCUGAUAGCCAAUGUGAUAUUUUGUCGUCUGGAGAUGAGUUGGAUGGUGAUGACGAUUGGGAGUUGGAUAAUGUUCAAGGUGGUUGUCGUGGCGAUUAUGGUGAUGACUCAGGCAUUAGCGGUGGUGAGGAUGGUGACGACGAUGGAAUUGUUAAUGGUGAUGGUAGUGAUGACAAUGAUGAUGACAAUGAUGAUAAUGUACCUCUGGCCUGUCAAAAGAAAAGCGAGUCAAAGUACAAGUUUGAAAAGUGA